CAGAGAACUGAGAGGAUGUUGCUGUGGGCCGUGGUUAUCCUGGAUUUGGGGACUUUGUCCAUGUCCCUACCUCAGAUCAGUGACAAGAACUUCACUGCAGAAUGUGUGAGGGAGCACAAUGAAGCCCGCUCAGCUGUCAGCCCAUCUUCGAGCAACAUGCUUUACAUGUCAUGGGACGAAGCGUUGGCCGUUACUGCCAGAGCAUGGGCCAAACACUGCCAAUUUAAGCACAACAUCUACCUGAAGGAGGUCCAGCGUGUGCACCCUACCUAUCAUUCUGUAGGAGAAAACAUAUGGGUGGGGACCCCGCCGUCGCACUUCAGCGUAAAGGGAGCCUUGAAAAGUUGGGUGGAUGAAAAGCAGUUUUACAGCUACGAGGCAAACAGCUGCAAAGGCAUGUGUGGUCAUUACACACAGGUUGUGUGGGCAAACAGCUACAAGGUUGGCUGCGCUGUCCAGCUCUGCCCAAAUGGCAUUAAACACUUCGAUGGCCGUGAGGGUGCAAUUUUCGUAUGCAACUACGCCCCAAGCGGUAAUUGGUUUGGAAAAAAGCCUUAUGCUGAGGGGAAUUCCUGCUCUGAAUGCAAAGACAUUUGUGAGCGCGGUCUCUGCCGGAGUGGAGAACGAGACAAACUAAGAAGCUACAGCUGGACUCCGGACUGGGACCCCGACAACUUUAGCAAAAAUUUUAAAGUUAUCCUGAUUGUCCGGCCAAUUUUCCUCAUCCUGGUAUGCAUUUCUGCAUACGCUGUCCGUUAUUUUUACCCUGAUGUCUUCUGCUACGAGUAGACCUUUUGUUGUUAAAGUAGAACCAGACAGACACCUCAUUUAUUUUAGUAUUUUAUUCUUAAAAUAGUUGCAUUUGUUCUUGAAUUGAGGAGGUCAGUGAGACACUUUGCCAAUGGAACAACAUAAUUUAAAUAUGA